AUGAGGUGCUUCCUGCCCUGGAUGCUGGCAGCAGUGACCGCAGCUGCGGGCAGCACCCCGGCCUCGGCCCUCACUCCUGCCCCCACGGCCAUGGCCUUCACCCCAGCACCGCUGGACGACACAUUCGUGCGUCCCCAGUUCUGCAAAUGGCCCUGUGAGUGCCCAGCGUCCCCGCCUCGCUGCCCUUUGGGGGUCAGCCUCGUCACGGACGGCUGUGAGUGCUGUAAGAUGUGUGCCCAGCAGCUUGGGGACAAUUGCACAGAGGCCGCCGUCUGUGACCCUCACCGGGGCCUCUACUGUGACUACAGCGGGGACCGCCCGAGGUACGCAAUAGGACUGUGUGCACAGGUGGUCGGCGUGGGUUGCGUCCUGGAUGGCGUGCGCUAUGACAAUGGCCAGUCCUUCCAGCUAAGCUGCAAGUACAACUGCACGUGCAUCGACGGUGACCUGGGCUGCACGCCGCUGUGCCUACACACGCGCCCUCCGCGCCUCUGGUGCCGCCACCCCCGGCGGGUGCGCGUGCCCGGCCGCUGCUGCGAGCAGUGGGUGUGUGACGACGACGCCCGCAGGCCACGCAAGACCACACCCCGCGACACCGGGGCCUCAGAGAACAUGGGGGAUGUGGAACCACAGCACAGGAACUGCAUCUCCUACACAAGCCCCUGGAGCUUGUGCUCCACCAGCUGCGGCCUGGGCAUCUCCACACGUGUGUCCAAUGCCAAUGCCCGUUGCUGGCCUGAGCAGGAGAGCCGCCUGUGCAAUCUGAGGCCGUGCGAAGUGGACAUCCGCCCGCACAUCAAGGCGGGGAAGAAGUGUCUGGCUGUGUAUCAGCCAGAAGCACCCAUGAACUUCACCCUGGGGGGCUGUGUCAGCACUCGCUCCUACAGACCCAAGUACUGUGGGGUCUGCACAGACAACAGGUGCUGCAUCCCCUACAAGUCCAAGACCAUCGACGUCUACUUCCAGUGUCCUGAUGGGCCAGGCUUCUCUCGCCAGAUGCUGUGGAUCAAUGCUUGUUUCUGCAACCUGAGCUGUAGGAACCCCAAUGACAUCUUUGCAGACUUGGAAUCCUACCCAGACUUCUCAGAAAUUGCCAAUUAA